GGGAAAGCUGCUGUUAGCAAGUUCUACUCAUCUGGCAUUGGGAAGCAUCACCGAGAUAGCUCAAGAGCAGCUCACAAACUCUUUUUACUCCUAUAAACAAAGACUCUGACUUCCACAUUCGCUAUUUCAUUUGGUUAAAGAUGCAUGUCUCAAUAAUUCUGCUUACCCUCAUUGGGAGUGUUCUGUGCCAGGAACAACCCAUGGAUUACUAUGACAUGGAAUACGAGGAGCAAUAUGCUCAAGCAUCAUCCCAGUUUGUGAAUCAAAAUGAGUGUCCACCUUGUCAUUUGGAAGAUUGCGCUUCACCAGCAAACUGUCCAGCAGGAGUGGUUUUAGACCAAUGUCAGUGUUGCCAGAUAUGCGCCCGAUCUGAGGGGCAACUUUGCGAUCCGCUAGAGUCCAGCAACAAAUAUGGCGUCUGUGGGGAAAAUAUGGAGUGUCGGGCAUCCAAAGACAAUCCGCAGAGCGAACAAAACAUUUGCAUUUGUCAAAUUGACAAGAUGGUCUGUGGAAGCGAUCAUGUCACAUAUUCGACCAUUUGUGCCCUCAACGAAGAAUCCAUGCGUCGAGGCACACCAGAUAAAUACAAUCCUCAACUGAGCAUUGAAUAUUGGGGUCCUUGCAAAGAAGCGCCGGUUAUCAUCUCGCCACCUAGCGACAGUUAUGGGGCACUGGGAGCUAAUUUAACCCUGGAUUGUGAGGCUCGAGGAUUUCCCGCACCCGUUAUUACAUGGCAGUUUGUCUCUGUUAAGGGUGAAACUAUUUCACUGCCAAGUGACGAUCAAAGUGUUGCCAUUCAAAUGAGAGGAGGUCCUGAGCCCAUGAUGGUAACUGGAUGGGCCCAAAUCAUGUCCUUGGAUCCCACCUAUAUCGGUACUUACCAUUGCAUUGCCUCCAACGACCAAGGACAAGUCUACGCCAUGGCCUCGGUGGGUGUGUACAAAAAUGACCUGUGAUCCCCGUUCUGAAGCCUUGAUCAGUGAAGCACACAAUGAAUACGUCAGAAGUCAAGGGUCUUUGUUUACAAAAGUAAAAUUUCAACUAGAGAUCUCCAUUUUUGUACAGUUUGUGCUCAUUUUCUACAGUGUGAAUGCAUUUUGGUAUGACUGUUUGGCAGUGAAUAAACAAUGGUUUUAAACCAU